AUGGGAUCUGGCCUACUUCCAACAACUAGGCGCAUGAGCCCUGCCACGGAGUCGGCAGCGUCAACACAAUCAGAACAUAGUACUACAGAUAUCGGAUCUGGGGCACUUCCAACAACUAGGAGCAUGAGCCCUGCCACAGAGUCGGCAGCGUCGACACAAUUCGAGCAGAACGCAACAAAUACCGGAUCUACACUACUUCCAACAACCAGGAGCAUGAGCCCUGCCACGGAGUCGGCAGCGUCAACACAAUCAGAACAUGGUACUACAGAUAUCGGAUCUGGGGCACUUCCAACAACUAGGAGCAUGAGCCCUGCCACAGAGUCGGCAGCGUCGACACAAUUCGAGCAGAACGCAACAAAUACCGGAUCUACACUACUUCCAACAACCAGGAGCAUGAGCCCUGCCACGGAGUCGGCAGCGUCAACACAAUCAGGACAUGGUACUACAUACAGAUACCGGAUCUACACUACUUCCAACAACCAGGAGCAUGAGCCCUGCCACGGAGUCGGCAGCGUCAACACAAUCAGAACAUGGUACUACAGGUCAGUUGCUGACCCUAGCUUUGGUGUCGCGAUGGGAUUCUGUUCAUUUAAUAUCGGAUCUGGGGUACUUCCAACAACUAGAAGCAUGAGCUCUGCCACAGAGUCCGCAGCGUCAACACAAUCAGAACAUAGUACUAGAGAUAUCGGAUCUGGGGUACCUCCAACAACUAGAAGCAUGAGCUCUGCCACAGAGUCCGCAGCGUCAACACAAUCAGAACAUAGUACUAGAGAUAUCGGAUCUGGGGUACUUCCAACAACUAGAAGCAUGAGCUCUGCCACAGAGUCCGCAGCGUCAACACAAUCAGAACAUAGUACUAGAGAUAUCGGAUCUGGGGUACUUCCAACAACUAGAAGCAUGAGCUCUGCCACAGAGUCCGCAGUGUCAACACAAUCAGAACAUAGUACUAGAGAUAUCGGAUCUGGGGUACUUCCAACAACUAGAAGCAUGAGCUCUGCCACAGAGUCCGCAGUGUCAACACAAUCAGAACAUAGUACUAGAGAUAUCGGAUCUGGGGUACCUCCAACAACUAGAAGCAUGAGCUCUGCCACAGAGUCCGCAGCGUCAACACAAUCAGAACAUAGUACUAGAGAUAUCGGAUCUGGGGUACUUCCAACAACUAGAAGCAUGAGCUCUGCCACAGAGUCCGCAGUGUCAACACAAUCAGAACAUAGUACUAGAGAUAUCGGAUCUGGGGUACCUCCAACAACUAGAAGCAUGAGCUCUGCCACAGAGUCCGCAGCGUCAACACAAUCAGAACAUAGUACUAGAGAUAUCGGAUCUGGGGUACUUCCAACAACUAGAAGCAUGAGCUCUGCCACAGAGUCCGCAGCGUCAACACAAUCAGAACAUAGUACUAGAGAUAUCGGAUCUGGGGUACUUCCAACAACUAGAAGCAUGAGCUCUGCCACAGAGUCCGCAGUGUCAACACAAUCAGAACAUAGUACUAGAGAUAUCGGAUCUGGGGUACUUCCAACAACUAGAAGCAUGAGCUCUGCCACAGAGUCCGCAGCGUCAACACAAUCAGAACAUAGUACUAGAGAUAUCGGAUCUGGGGUACUUCCAACAACUAGAAGCAUGAGCUCUGCCACAGAGUCCGCAGCGUCAACACAAUCAGAACAUGGUACUACAGGUUAG